AAGUCCUCGUGCAGCACUUGCAAUUCUAGUUUCAUAAGAGCUGGUGCAUCAGAUACGACGGAAGACGACUUUGAUUCCGAUGUUGACAGCACGACCGGAAGCUCCCUUCGGAGCUGCAGUGGUGACAGUUAUUGCAGCAGUCUCUGUAGCACUAGCGGUGGAACAAGUUGUGGCUCUAUCAACAACUCCACUGUGCUGACCACUAGUACUUCGCUAACCCCCCGGUCCGCGACACCCCUUCGGGUGGAUUGCCGGAUGCCGGGCCCGAACCCACACGAUCGCCGCACGAUUCCCAACGUGGUCAUCGCGGCGCAAAGUGCGAAAGCACGGACGAUAAGCAUCGGAAAUCCUCGCACAGAGGCCGGGCAGGAAGGUACUAAAACUUCUACACCAGAAAAAAUAGCCGAACGUGAUCCAGACAUUUUGUGGAUGCGCGAACGGGUGGCCGCAUUGGAAGCCAAACUGCUGCAAGGUCGUGCUGGGGAGACGUCCAAGAGGAGCAACGGUGAGGUUUUUAACACCACUGCACGUCGCGGCGGUUCGCGCUUGCAAAGUGAAACUAUGCAGGUGAAAAUUCUCUACAUUGCGUUCGGGCGACAAUCGUUUAACUUCCACUACCUUGCUAUGGAGCACCUGUGGCGGAGUUUGCGAAACAUGCCGGAAAACAUCCUCUAUCAAAUGCAAAUAUGUCUGGGUCUGGAAGGAUGCAAGGUCUGUCAUGCACAGUUUGCAUGACUGCUGACGUCUGUGAUGCAUGCCCUAGCAUCACAGAUUUUGUGAGGGCUUCGCGUUGCCUAUACCGCAUGAUAAAUGCCGUCUCGUCGUGGCAAAAACUGGAACUCCUUUGCUUUUCAUGCAAUACAGAUUUUGUUAGGAUCCGAGUGCAGCAUCACAAGUUGCAACCUUCCAAACCCAGACAUAUUUGCAUUUGAUAUCCUCGUCUACCUAGUUGCGCCAGACGGCAUGCAGUGGAAAAAUGAAGAAAGUGCGCUGCUGGGCAAGCUUGGGCGGAAACAGAUCACCUCUGCUUGGGUCCAACGGCAGUACGGCAAAUGUGUUCGACUGCAGCAUCGGGUUUUCGCAGGUAAACUGAAGUGGAUGAAAACGAAAAGUCGUCGUCGCACCAGGAGCAGUUGGCGAAACACGGUUGCGCGCCAGCAGGCCGAAAACUAUUGUGUGGGUAUCUGGAAAGACGGCGUGCACGACAGAGAACUGGAUGAAAUUGAUAUCUCGCCGGAAAAAAGCCGCACCAGAAGUAGAAAGCAGAAAACUUCGUCCGCAUCUUCAUCCGCAGCCACGCGGCCGCGCGGCUUUGAUGGUAGUACUUUAUUCCGCAAGAUCGAGGUGACGCUGAAUGCUCCGCAGCUGAAGCUUUUCCAGACCUUCCUAUCAAAAUGAAAAAUCCCCCCACCUCAUACUCAAACUAGAAAUUUGUGAUGCAGAUUUGUGUCACAAAUCAGCUUUGUCAUGCUACUUAGAAGGGAAAGGAUGCGGACUUUAGUGCUGGUUGGCGUGGGAAAGCCUUGCAUCUUCAGCAUGACAGGGGGCAGCUGGAAGUGGGAAACAGCAUGACAAAUUGCCUGCAAACGAGGCCGCAGCUGCGUCUCUUGGCCUUCUAGCAUUACAUGUCGAUUUGUGUACUCAAAUACAGCAUCACAAAUUUCGUUUCCGAUAUGGGGACGGGGGAUUUUUCCUUUUGAUACUUCCCAGAGCAAGUUUUCUACGUCGCGCACGGGGGCGUGAGCGGGCUCACGGAAGCGAUCGGCCUCAAGGUUCCCAUCAUUUGCGUGCCCAUGCUGUUU